GGGCAUUGUACUGCAAGUCUGUCGCCAUAGCAACGAUUUGUUGACAGGCAAUGUGGAGUUGCCUGAAUACACAGGAGAAUGAAACUCAAACGGUUCUUUCUCAGGUAUUAUCCACCAGGUAUAAUCCUGGAAUAUGAAAAAGGAGGAUAUUUGAGGACCAAAUCAAUCGACCUUUUGGAUUUAACUUCAGAAACAAACCCAGAUGAGUUGUUGGCAGUAAUUAGGCAGUCAGAGCCUUUGAUCACAGAGUCCCGGGCUGAUCAAGUCAAACAACUGAUCCUUCGACUUCAGCAGAAACAGGGCCAGCAGGACCACCACAGGUUCUGUUUCUUCAAGGAGCUAAAGGCACACAUACUGCCACUGACAAACGUUGCCUUUGACAAAUCAGGGUCAAGGUUUAUAACUGGGAGCUAUGACAGGACAUGUAGAGUUUGGGACACAGCCACAGGCACAGAGCUGCACACAUUAGAGGGUCACAGAAACGUGGUGUAUGCAAUUGCAUUCAACAACCCCUAUGGAGACAAGAUUGCCACAGGCUCUUUUGAUAAGACAUGCAAAUUGUGGUGUGCUGAGACGGCCAAAUGUUUUCAUACCUUUCGGGGACACAUGGCAGAAAUAGUAUGCCUGGCAUUCGACCCCCAGAGUACACUGGUGGCCACAGGCAGCAUGGAUGCCACUGCCAAGCUGUGGGAUGUGGAGACUGGGGAGGAGGUGGCCACUCUGACUGGCCACACUGCAGAGGUUCUCUCUCUAUGCUUUAACACAGUGGGAAAUCAACUUGUCACUGGCUCCUUUGACCACACUGUUGUUAUAUGGGAUGUUGCUUCAGGAAGACGUGUCCACACUCUGAUUGGUCACAUGGGGGAAAUCAGCAAUGUUCAGUUUAACUGGGAUUGCUCCCUCAUAGUAACAGGCUCCAUGGACAAAACCUGCAAGUUGUGGGAGGCAGUCAGUGGGAAGUGUGUGGCCACCCUAGUUGGACACAAAGAAGAGGUGCUAGAUGUGUGCUUUGACUUAAGAGGUCAGCUCAUUGCUACUGCCUCUGCUGAUGGUACAGCGAGAGUGUUCAGUGCAAUCACACAUCAGUGUCUCGUGACCCUGGAGGGCCAUAAUGGAGAGAUCUCUAAGAUCUGUUUCAGCCCACAGGGCAGCAGGGUCCUGACUGCCAGCUUAGACAAGACAGCUCGUCUUUGGGAUGUUCAGUCUGGAGUCUGCCUGCAAGUCCUGGAGGGACACAGCGACGAGAUCUUCUCAUGCGUCUUCAACUAUGAGGGUGACACUAUAAUUACAGGCAGCAAGGAUAACACAUGCCGGAUCUGGUACUGACCCUUCCCUUGACCCUUACAAGGCUCAGAAAGGCAUGGACACAACAAUCAGUUUACCAUGUAUGUCACUGUAUAUCUUUCUAAUUGUACAAUACCAACUGAAAAAUCUGUAGUCAUAUUGAGGUAAAUGUCUGGUUUACCGCAUCUGUAUAAGGUUAAAGUGGCAUUGCAAAACAUCGCCGCUUCAUUACAUAAUUUUUCUCUCUGAUGUUCCUCCUGUUCUUUAAUUUGUUUAAAGCUUCACUUAUUCCUUGACUGUACUAACUUUGUACUGUGCAUGACCAGUAGACAUAGCCUGACGUAACUGUGGAGUUAACAGUGUGGUGAAUUUGCUCAUAAAAUGUCAUCAAGUAACUAUGUUAAUGGUAGGGUUUGACAUUUUGGGACAUUUGCUUGGACAAAGACAUGAGGCGAUUAGCUUAGCUUAGCAUAAAGAGUGGAAGCAGCUAGCUUGGUUCAAAGUUCAAAAAUACACCUACCAGGCCCUGUAAAGCUCAGUUAUUAACAAGCAACAUACGGCACGUAACUCAGCACAACUUGUUUUUACAUUUCCGUUUGUGUUGCAAUUUAACAAACCAGCCAUGUGGAAUUGGACAGCCUAGUUCUUUGAAGCAUGUUUUUAAUAUACAAUGUGUACAUGCUUUGUAAAUAUACCUGAUAUUCAAUUAAGCUGUGUAUACAUUUUUAGCAAGUGUGACCUAGACUCAUCGACCUGAGCUUUAAACAUCACACAUUUGGUUUUGUUUAAUCAUAUUCAUACAUGAGCAUUGCUGUUCCAUCUUCAGCCAGUUAUCAGCUAACAAAGGUAAUCUUCUGAUAUUUUUGUUCCCACUACCUUGUACAUUUCAGUAAGCAUUAUUUUCUUAAAACACAGCACAUGUUUAUUCAGUAGCUUCAACAUCAUAUGGCUGUUGGUUUACAGUCUUACAUCUGGGACACGCUUUUGGCAAUACGAUGUAAUACUGAUGUGGAUAAAUGUGCUACUAAACAGUGUUCAGUUCCCUUUCUGCAGAAUGUUACAAAUGAUCAAGACUUAUUGUAUUUCACAUCACAUUUAUUGAUGUCAAAAGAUAAAUACAUUCAGUUCUACUGUGACAGACUU